AUGUUUUAUCUCUUCCUUCAAGCUUCAAUUUGCGAGAUUCCAUAUCUCACAUUAGCAGAAGCAGACAGGUUACUAACAGAGGAAAAGCAUAAACCGGUUUUAAUUUCACUUGAAUCAGUUUGGUGUUCAAGAUGUAACGAAUACAAGAAUGUUCAAGCAAAACUUGAUUCAUUUUUCGAAGAUAAUGAUAAAAUUAUUAUGAAAAAGAUCUCAUGCGAAAAAGAACCAGUAUUAUGUAAAAAAUUUCAAGGAGAAGGUGUUCCUAGAGUAUAUAUGGCCACAACAACAGCCGAAAAAUCACGUUUAUACAACGAAUCUCGCACAUAUGAAGAACUAAAAUCAUUUAUUCGAAAAUAUAUUGAACCUCCUGUGAUUCAGAUUGAAGAUGAAGAACAAUUGCAAUCAGAAUUAGAAAUAAAUCAGAAUUUAUCAUUAUUCUUCUUACAAGAUCUGCAACGCACAUCUUAUUCAGAAUUAUUUUUAGAAUUUGCGACAAAAUAUGAUGAAUAUCCAGCCAGAUUCUACAAUUUCUCAUACAAGCACUAUAACACUGACAAACCACUCUUAUAUUACCAAUUUCCCUUAUUAAAUCAGACUUUAGAAUAUAAUCAAGCAUGGGAAGCGAAAGAAGUCGAAAGAUUCAUAUACGCACAUCUGUAUCCUAAGUACUGUAAUCCUUCAUCGCUAUUUUUCAAAAUUCAGAAAGAUUUACACGAACCUUUUAUUAUUUUAGAAGAUUACUAUAAAAAGCACACAUUAGAUGUUUUUAACAUUACUCUACAACUUCCUGAUGGUAUGAAGAUCGCAGAUACCGAUUGUUUGGAGAUGGAAACUUAUUGUCGUUCAAUUGGCGUCAAUCCAGCUCGAAGACCAUUCUUUGCAAUCCACAAUAACUAUUUGGACAUCUGGUAUGACUUUUUGGACAAUUAUGACAAAGAUAAAGUCAUUGAAUGGGCAAUUAAAGUUUGGAAUGGGAAAAUUUCAGGAUCAGGACCAGGCG